AUGCAAGCGCGCGCGUGCCACCAAUGCGACGCUGCCCCCUCCUCCCCCUCUUCUCCAUCAUCACAGCAGCAGCAACCUAGACCGAACGAACAGAGACAGACGACGCCGCGUCAAUCAGUGGUGGAGGUAGUAGGCGAGGAAGGAGACGACGAGCGCGACUGGGGCGGUCACGGCGGUGGAGGCAGAGGCGCCGCUGGCGGCGGGGCCAGGGGCGCCGCCGGGGGCGCCGGGGGCACCGGUGGGCGCCUCGGAGGCGAGCACCGCGGUCGCCGAGGCGGCGACAACAAGAGCGGCGAAGAACACCUUCUUCAUCUCCAUCGAUUGGGUACGUACGGCCGGCGCGGCGGAGGUCGGCCGGGCGAGCAGGGGAGCGGCCGGUUUAUUCCUCUCCGAUCGAGCAGCGAGCGAGACCGAGUUUAUUAG